CUUGUACUCUGACCCUUAGAAACAUGCAUAAAAUGUUAUCUAUCAUAAAACACACACUCUAGGACACAGGUAGCUAGGUAACAUAUAUCAAUACAUAGGGAUAGAAUCCAGAUUUUUAUUAAUAAUAAAAUUGCUAUUCAUCAGGGACAACUAACAUAGGUGUAGAGAUAAAAAUCAAUAUUAAUAUAAUUAGAUAAAAAUCACAGAAAAACAAUCCUAACGAUACUGAACAUGACUCGUGGAUAUGCGCUUAUGUAAAUUAAAACAUCAGGAAAAUACGUAGCACACAUGAAUCGUUCACCAAAAGUUCGUUAGUGUAAGUUCAGAAAAUAAAAUCAAAUGAUGUUUUUACGGACGCAUUCUUACAUAACAGAAAAAUGUUUGAAAUCAUAGCACAAUUAAUUAGUAUGAUUACUAUUUAUGUUUAUAUUUGGGUUCGUAUUUGCCUUGGCUUAACUCAGUUUAUAUGGUAGAGACACGAAACUUGUACUCCCAUUUCACCUCUGGGUAUCACAAAAUAAAAAUAAUAAUUUAAAUCUUGGAACUAACAAUUCAUGACGUAGUUCAGGAUAAUUGACACCUUUUACGUGAAAACAAAUCAGUUUGUCGUCAAAUCGGAGUUAUUUACGACGAAAUUACAUACAGCUGGGUAUGUCUAUGGGCGAUACAAAAUGCAAGAUCUUUACUUACAGAUUUUCACUCCUAAUAACAUAUCCGUCAGAAUAUGCCCUUAUAAUCUUACACAUUAUUUAUUUAUACGUCGUUUAAGCUCAUCCUGAGUGUCGGAUGGCAUAAUCUAGCUAGCUAACUUUCAAAUUUAAAAUAGGCCUCGCGCCUUUGCGUCGGCAUCAGACGCCUUCAUACAACCAAACUUUUUAAUUAAGACGUUCUAGACGCCUCACAUCUAAAACACGGCCUCUCAUUGGCCGAAACCAAAAUCGGUUAGCGUAAUUUACAAUAUAAAUACCGUAAAUAACACUCAUUAAUACAAUUGAAAACACAGAAAUGCGGUAAAUUUAAAACGAAAAUUUCCAACAAUGAAAAUUUCUUUAAGUAAUACCCCGAAUAAAAUCAUCGUUUAUUCGUUAAGUUCAUUAGUCCUUAGAGGGGUAUACUCAAUUGACUGUCCAUAUAAGUCCAUUUCAGGUCAUAGAGCAUAGCUCUCGUAGAUAUACAUAAUUAAUAAAAAUAUAUUUAAAUAACUUUUGCGGGCGAACAAUAUACAAAUUAAAUAAUAAAAUUUCAUAAUAAUAAUAAUAACAAUCAAAAUAAUAAGACUUUAUAAAUAAUAGUAUCAUUAAAAUAAGUCAUAACUUUCUGUGCAUUAUGAAAAUAGUAACAGCACAGAAUUGCCGCCCUUGUCAAUCAUAUUGAACUGCAAUCGUUGACCUGUUCAAAACAGUACAAUGUGAUUGGCAGUUUACCGUCUCUCUCGCACUGUGUACAACGAAUAGCCUUGUCGCCUAGCGGCGCGCGCACCACACAAAAAAAAAACUUGGAGCGACUGAGUUUCUUCUUCUCCUCCUUUUUAUUUUUUUUUCUAUCGUCAUUUCGCCCGUUACACCAGACAAUUCGCGCAAUUUUAAUCACUUUGCAUCGGGUCGUCGCCGCUAGCAGACCUGCGCUCGAAUGGUCCACGGGUUUUCCCGCGCAAAAUCUUCUCUGCUGGACCUGCUGCAGCUCUCCGACGGCGUCUACUCCCUUGAGCCGCUCCUGUUGAGAGGGACGUGGGAGGACAUACUUACUGUAAGUAGCAAUCUCAUAUGGCUGUAACGGGUGUAUGUACAUGUGAGUCAACAAUGUGACGUUCUCCAGGACACGUCACGGCAGUGGAUCAACGUCCACCCGCGGUGCAAACGACAUCCCCGGCGGCGGCUGAGGAGGCAUCGGGACAGCGCCCGACCUCAAAGCGGCCAACACCAACACCUGCUCCACAACUCACGUCGGCGGGAUUGGCGUGUGGCGGCUCGCAGUACCGGACACCACGGCUCCGGGCUCCGCGGCGAACAUCUGCAGCGGCGGACUGCGGCUGCAGCUGCCGCCCUACCCCACGAACACGUGAGAGGCGGCGUCGGGACGUCUGCGGUGCUGCUCGUGUCGGCGGAACCGCCACUUCUCACAAGGACGCACUCGUCGUGUCCCAUCACUGAUAGGAAGUGCUGGAGGCAGAAAACAAGAAACAAUGGAGUCUCCGAAGAAAGUUAAGAGGCCGGACAACCCGCGAGCAUCUGCAAACUUUCUCAAUGUUUACUUCUUUAUAUGGGUGUGGAAAAUAUUCAAGAGAGGAAUGAGGAAAGAGUUUGAUAUAGACGACCUAUUUGUGCCUUUGGAGGAGCACAAGUCUGACUAUUUGGGAGACAAGUUCGAAAGUGCUUGGAGACAGGAAGUAGCUGACAGGAAAAAACCCAGUUUGUUGCGGGUUCUCAUGAGAUGUUAUUUCUGGGAGUACACAUUGUACUGCCUGCCCGUUGUUAUAAUGGAGAUGGUCUUCAGGGUGGCGCAGCCCCUGUUCCUGGGCCAGCUGAUACAGUACUUCGAGGCGGGCAGCGGGAUAACGCUGAGGGACGCGUACCUGCACGCCCUUGGCGUGCUGGUCUGCACGGCGUCCUUCUUCUUCGUGCGGCAGCCGUACAUGAUGGCCAUGUUCCACAUGGGCAUGAAGAUGCGCGUCGGCAUCUGCUCGCUCAUCUACAGGAAGGCGCUGCGGCUGACGCAGACAGCCUUCGGCGAGACGACGGUGGGGCAGGUGGUGAACCUCCUGUCCAACGACGUGAGCCGGUUCGAGUCCUGCCUCACCCACCCGGUGUACCUGUGGCUGGGGCCCGUGCAGGCGGUCGUCAUCACCUACUUCAUGUGGACGACCAUGGGCUCGGCCGCCGUCAUCGGCGUCGUGGCCACGCUUGGCUUCAUCCCCCUGCAAGGUUACAUCGGUAAGAAGGUUGGUGCCCAGAGAGUUCGCUGUGCGAAUAAAACAGACAAGCGAGUGUGCCUUAUGAACGAAAUAAUCACUGGUAUCCAGGUGAUAAAGCUGUACACGUGGGAAAUACCUUUCGUCAAAUUGGUUUCUCAAGCGAGACGGGAUGAAAUUAAAGAGAUACGAGUCAGCUCUUAUCUGCGAGCUAUGGUUUUUUCCUUUGAGUGGUUCACAACACGUCUAACACUGUUCAUCACAGUCCUGUUGUACGUGAUGAUGGGGAAUAACGUAACUGCUGAAAAGGUUUUCGUAGCAGCGUGUUAUUUCAACCUCCUGAAAACAUCAAUGACGGAUUUCUUUCCACGUGCGAUUUCAAUGGUUGCAGAGACGUUGGUGUCCAUAAAACGAGUAGAGAACUUCCUGUACUGCGAGGAGCUCCCGGCAGCCGGCGGGCAGGCGGACGUGCGUGAAGGCAAGUGCGACGACGGCGGGCUCGAGAACGACAAGCUGGUCGGCGAGGACGAGCGAGGUGUCGCGCUGGAAGUGCUGGACGACGGCUCCGAGGAUCCCGAGAGUGGGAAGGAGCCCCUGGGGGUCACGAUCACCAACGCGACGGCCAAGUGGCAGCCCGGCUCCGGCGAGAGCACGCUGACGGGCAUCAGCCUCAAGGUCAUCCCCGGGAGGCUGCUGGCGGUGAUAGGCCCCGUGGGAUCGGGCAAGACGUCCUUGCUGCACGCCAUCCUCAGAGAGCUGCCCCUCACAAGCGGUUCCAUUGCAGUGCGGGGCGAGGUGUCGUACGCGUCGCAGGAGCCGUGGCUGUUCGCCGGCUCCGUGCGCGACAACAUCCUGUUUGGCCAGCCGUACGACUGGCAGCGCUACCGCCAGGUGGUCAAGGUGUGCGCCCUCGCCCGCGACUUCCAGCUCUUCCCGUACGGGGACCUCACCGAGGUGGGGGAGAGGGGCGUGGCCAUAAGCGGCGGGCAGAAGGCCCGCAUCAACCUCGCCAGGGCCGUGUACAAGCGGGCGGACAUCUACAUCCUGGACGACCCCCUGUCGGCCGUCGACACGCACGUCGGCAAGCACCUGUUCGAGAGCUGCAUCUGCGGCUACCUCCGCAACAAGACCUGCGUGCUCGUCACGCACCAGCUCCAGUUCCUGGGCGACGUCGACCAGAUCGUCAUCCUCAAGGACGGGCGCGUGGAGGCGGACGGCACGUUUAGCGAGCUGCAGCAGAGCGGCCUGGACUUCGCCAAGCUGCUGGGCGACGGGAGGCCCGCCCCUGCGGACGACGACGAGGACGCCGCCCGGAUCGUGGCGGUGGUGCGCCGCAAGAAGGAGACCUCCAUCGGGAGCAGCACCUCGUCGCUGGGCCUGGCGUUCACGGAGAAGGAGGCACCCGAGCGGGCGCGCGAGAUGCAGACACAGGGAAAGAUCAGGCUGGCGACGUACGGCUCGUACCUGUUCGCCAGCCGGAGCUGCUGCCUGGUGAGCGUGGUGUUCGCGGCCAACCUGGUCGCCCAGCUGCUCACCAGCGGCUCCGACUACUGGUUCUCCUUCUGGGCAGACAUCGAGAGCAAGAGGGCACUACGGUCGCAGCCGGUCGCAGGCAACGUCACGAACGCGACCAAGACGGGCGGCACCGCCAACUCGACGUUCAGCGACGCGCCCGCUGAUGACUCGCUGCUGAGCCGCGACCUGUGCGUGUACAUAUUCACGGCGCUCACGUUCGUCACCAUCGGGUUCAUCCUGCUGAAGAUAUUCCUGUUCAUGCACUUGUGCAUGCUGUCGUCGGUGCACCUCCACAACAACAUGUUCACCAAGAUCAUCCACCUGCCCAUGAAGUUCUUCAACGUCAACCCUUCAGGUCAGAUUCUGAACAGGUUCUCCAAAGACAUGGGAACUAUCGAUGAACAAAUGCCCAUAGUGAUGCUAGAUUGCUUGACGAUCAGCUUCGCGAUCGUCGGGAUCGUGGCGCUGGUGGCCUGGGUGAACUACUGGAUCCUGGUGCCCACGGCCCUCAUCGUCGUCGUCUUCUACCUGCUGAGGAUCGUGUACGUGCGCACGUCCCGCAGCGUCAAGAGGCUCGAAGGAAUCACCCGGAGUCCCGUGUUCUCUCACCUGAACGCUUCCAUCCAGGGACUCACGACCAUCCGGGCGUUCAAGGCCGAGAAAAUGUUGCAGGACGAGUUCGACAGACACCAGGAUCUUCACUCGACUGCGUUUUACUUGUUCAUUGCUUCAAACAGAGGCUUCGGUCUGUGGCUGGACAUAGUGUGCCUUUUCUACAUCGCCUGCGUCACGUUCAGCUUCCUGGUGUUCGGUCAAGUGAUGUUCGGCGGGGACGUCGGCCUGGCCAUCACGCAGUCGCUGGCCCUCACCGGCAUGUUCCAGUGGGGCAUGCGGCAGUCCGGGGAGCUGGAGAACCAGAUGACGUCCGUCGAGAGGGUGCUGGAGUACAGCGGCCUCCAGGAGGAGACAGAGGUGAUAUCUUCCUCAGAAAAACUGCCGCCUAAAGAUUGGCCUUCGGCAGGAAAAAUAGUCUUCAAGAACGUGUACCUCUCUUAUUCACCUGAUGAGCCUGCUGUCUUGAAGAACCUUAGUUUCACCAUCAACCCAUCAGAGAAGAUUGGCAUCGUAGGCAGAACCGGUGCUGGAAAGUCGUCUCUUAUUUCCGCGCUGUUCCUGCUGACCCGCAUCGAAGGCUCCAUCGUGAUCGAUGACGUGGACACGAAGUCGAUCCGCCUGCACGUCCUGCGCAGCAAGAUAUCGAUCAUCCCGCAGGAGCCGGUGCUGUUCUCCGGGUCGCUGCGCAAGAACCUCGACCCCUUCCACGAGUACCCCGACUCCGUGCUGUGGAGCGCGCUGGAAGAGGUGGAGCUGAAGGAGGCGGUGAGCGACCUCCCGGCCCGCCUGGACCACCUCAUGAUGGAGGGGGGCCUGAACUUCAGCGUGGGCCAGCGGCAGCUGGUGUGCCUGGCCCGGGCCAUCAUCAGGAACAACAGGAUCCUGGUCAUGGACGAGGCCACCGCCAACGUCGACCCCCGGACGGACACCCUGAUCCAGGAGACGGUCCGUCGGAAGUUUGCGGACUGCACUGUGCUCACCAUCGCCCAUCGCCUGCAGACGGUCAUGGACAGCGACAGAAUCCUGGUCAUGGACGCUGGCAACGCUGUGGAGUUUGACCACCCGCACGCCCUGCUGCAGAGCAAGAAGGGCUUCCUGUGGGACAUGGUGCACGAGGCGGGGCCGGCCGCGGCCGACGCCUUGCUGCGGGUCGCCGAGGCUCACCACAGCAGCCAGAACGAAGAGACAAGUUAGUUUGUACUUAAAUUGCACCUUGCCAUCUGUAUUAUUUUAUACUGUUGUUGAAUCACUUAGAAAAAUGUACUUAUACAAAAAAAAAACACAUUUUGUUGGUGUUAUUUUUAAGAUUUAUAUGUUGAAAAUAAAUAUGAAUUUUAAAGUGAGUUGAGUAAAACCCCAAA